UAAACUGUUAUUGUUUGAACAAACUGAAACCAAAAUCUGUUGAAACACACACACACACACACCAACUAUCCCCUCAGCACCCACCCCCUCUGCACUCCCAUAAAAUAGUUAUUUAAAUAGUUUCUCCUUUUGUUUUGUUAAACAAAACACUAAACAACAAACAAACAAACCCGAACAGAAACGACAACAAACAAAAAACAAAACAAACGAAACGCGUAAUCAAAGCUUUGAUUCAAUGUCUAUUUAAAUAUAUUAUAUAUACCUUAUAUAUAGCAUAUAAAUAUAUUUUUAGAUACAUAUUAUUAUUCCGGCAACGGGAUAAUAUUCACGUUCUUUGCAAUGCAUAUGUUUUCGUAUGCACCAUACGUCAAUAUACCUACCAUAUAUAUUUAUAUCAAAUAUAUACAAAAUGUUAUAUAUUUAUACAUAAAACGUAACAUUUAACUAUGGUACUAUUUUUGAUAGUAUUAUUUUAAGGCAAAUCCUUGUAAAAAACAACUACAAAUACGAAACAAAAUAAGAGUGUCUUAGUUAGUAGUACCAACGUACCGAGAGCUCUUAAGAUCUGAAAUGGCCGGGGCCCAAGAAGUCAGCGCAGCGGAUCCGGGAUAAAUAUUUUUUUUUUAUCAUUCCGGUUGACCUGCAGCAACCCCGGCCACCAAUUCGUUAGAUCGUUCUUUUAUUUGCUUUAUUUGCAUUUCCGCUGCACAACUUUCUUGACAAAUAAAAACAAAAAACGUAACGUAACGUAAUGUCAAAACAAUCCAAGUUUUUAAAGGCUUGUUUUUAUAGUUGCACCGCGAGCGCGCAUUGCGGCAUUCUGCAUGUUCAUACGUUGAUUCCAGGAUACCCAGGAUAAAGAACUAAACAAAAACAACUAACUAACUUACUGAACAACGAGACAAAUAAUACAAUACUACAGUAGACAACAACAUCAAGAACAUCUUAAUUGUAGCCACAAACGAAAAAAAAAAAAACAAAAUGAAACUUUUCCAACAAAACAAAAAUAUAAAAACACACUUCGUCAAUUUUAGUAAUUUUAAUUCAAGCAUAUUAAUACAUAUAUAAUUUUUUCUUAUGGUUUUUAAAUGUUAAGUCGAGCAACACCAACAAAUCACACAUACAUAAGCAUUGCUAUUCGCAAAUGUAUAUAUAUAUAUAUAUAUAUAUAUAUACUAAUACAUAUAAACUUUUUAAAAUUCGUAUAAACUUUGAAUUCGAAAUUGAAAUUGAAAUUUUUGCUAAUAAUUAUAAAACUUUUUCAAAUGUUGUCAAUGUGCGUCGACAAUUUGACUGUAUACCAAUUAUAUAUACAUUUGUACAUUUAAACACACACACACACAUACACAGUCUAUAUUCAUAAACUUUGAGUAAAUUAUUUUUACAAAGAAAUUGCAUGUUUCUCAAUGUUUUUAGCAAGUUGUCUGCAUACAAAACGAACUAAAAAAAAUCUAAACAAAAUAAGAAAAAAAUAUUAUUCACAUUUACCUUAAAAAUUUACCCAAUCAAAGUUUUAAUACAUUUUAUGCUAUAUUUUUUUAUUAAUUAUUAUACUGAUUAUGAUGUUUAAAAUGUGUAAACAAAUUAUUUUGACAUAAACAAAAUUUUUGUAUACCUUUACAUUUACUUACAAUUAUAUAGCAAUAAUUUUGUGCCCCUCACUUUAUAUUAAAACCUUAACAACAAUAUAUUUUUAGUUUCUUUAUAAUUUCCUAUUCCGUUACUCUUACAACUUAAAAUUCUAAAACUAACAAACAAUCAACGAAAACCAUAGAAAAGUGCGGAAAGCGGAAACUUUAACACCGAUUUAGAUCUGAUCUCUAAUAUAUAAUUAUAUAUAAUUUAAAAACUAAACAGAUCGGGUGUUUCGGUUACCCCCUUCCGCACUUUUAUCCGUUAAUUAUGUAAUAUUACUUUCGUAAUUAUGAUUUUUGAACAUAUUUAUAUACGAUUAUAUGAUUGUAAUACCGAAUUUUCCGAUGUUUCGCCUCACAAAAACGAAAAAAAAGAAAAGCAAACUAAAAAACGAACCCAAAAAACAUAAGUAAAAGAAAAACCCCAAUGAGAGUUUGAACUCAAAAAACACAGCCACCAAACCACCCAAAAAGCGAAUAUCCAAAAACGAUCGCAAGCUGCGCCUUUGUCUUGUCCAAGCUUCUCGCAAGCGGUUAACCGAUUGCCCGAUCUAUAUAUAUAUAUAUGUAUAUAUAUGUAUAUAUAUUACCGGUGUCCAUGGCUCUUUGGUGAGAACAACACCGCCACCAUCACCACCAACCAAUAGUGCUUUGCACUAUAUAUCCAUCUACAACUAUCCACACCGACAUCCAAAACAAAGCAAUCAAGCAAUCAAUCAACCAAGCGACCAGAAAUCGAGCAAUCGAGCGAUCCUCCAAGCAAAACCGCACCAACAGUGUUAACUUUUCACUUAACUGUAACGUUUUUCAUUUUUUUAACUUAAAUAUCUUCCUUUUUCUAUUACAUUUAAAAACGUAUAUAUUUACAAGUAAUUUAGCGUAAUUAAUAUUUGUUUUUAGUAAAAUGCAUUGAAAAACUCUACAAAAAAAUAAUUAUAUUGAUAUAAUAAUGAUAAUGAUUAUGAUGAAAACCACUAAAGUAAUUUUACAAUGAAUUAAUUAAUAUAAUAUAUAUACAUAUAUAUAUGUAUUGUCAAAACCAUUUCUGAGACAAUUUUUAAGCUACAAAACCAGUUUUCUUGUUUUUAACAACAGCUACAAAAAAAAAAACCAACAACAACAAAAUGAACACGAGAAGUAAAAAUAAUCCAUUAUAUUAACUCAAGUAUAAAGUAAAAUUUGUUGACUAUAUAUUUGCAUUUGUUUUUGUUUUUCGCAAAACGUUUUCUAUGACACAAAAGAAUUAUAAUAUUCGCGACAAACUCCGCAUCCUCAUUCUUCCUUCCUCCCUACCCCAGACACCCCCCUCCUUCCGGCCCUCAGAAUAUCCUUCAAAAGGAAUUAAAAGAAAAUUAAAAAAAAAAAAAGUUCUAAGUAAAUAAACAAUUUGAUUACUUUUUGCUGAGGUGAGACAUUCAAAAUACACACACACAAGAGCAGCAAAUGAAUUCACAAAUUUUUUGGCAUAAAACCUUACAAAAUUUCUUUCCGAAUAUUUUCAAAUAUUUAAAAGUAACUAAUUUGAAAUUGAAAUGCUGAAAUUGUUGUGUGGAAAAUGAGGUAAAAAUUUAAAAUAAAAUGCAUAACGAGUGCUGUAAAAAAUAAUGAGAAAUCAAACGAAAUCAAUUGAGAAAUCCAUUGCAAUAUACAUUGUGAAACAUGUUAAUAAGUCGAGAGUCGCGUCAAGUCGACAACUAACUUAAAUCUGAGACAACAACAACAUCCAGAUAUAUAUUAAUUAUAUAUAUAUAUAACCGAGCAACAUCAACAUCAACAACAACAACCAACCGCAUGUAUGUGUGAGCGCCGCCUUGCGCCACUUUCUCCUCGCCAAAUUAAGCAAGAGGAGAGCGAGCGAAAAUUGUUUUUUAAAAUUUUAUUGUGUACCAGCAACCAACAACAACAACAACUACAACUACAACAACAAAAAAAAAAACCUAUUGUACUUUUGAGCUACAGCAUAAAUAACGGAGAAACAUUUUUAACCAUCAAAAUCUUAUAAUCAAAAUCCACAACAAGAAAUGAGCAAAUAAAAGAAAAACGAAAAAAAAACAAAAAA